CCUUGACCCUUAUCCCUUAUUCUGUUCUCGGGGCUCGGGCUCUCGGCUUCUUCUUCUCCACUCCACAGCUCACCACUUCUCCCUCGUCUCGGCGACACUCCGGUCAGGCGGCCCUCGCUCCUCACACCUCACUUCAUCGACUCACCGGCGACUCUACGUACGCAACUCAGGCACUCAGAGGCGACCGUCAGCGCCGGCUCUGCUUCACCGAGUCACUGAAAUCCAAGGCUCAAGACAGAAAAGGCUACACUAAACACACAACUGAUUAGCAAUGGCCGCAGCUUGUAUGCCUUCAUCUUCUUGUUGGAAUCUCACAGCCAAAUUCCAGAGUCUCUCACUCAACACCGCCCACCACAGGACCACUGCUUUCUUCAGACCUCUCAGUUUCUCGGCCAACGUUUCGCUCAAUCUCUUCUCCCACGCAGGGACUGUCUCGCUGAGCCCUAUGCAGAAGAGGCCGCUUCGUCGGUCUAUCGUGUGCGAAGCUGCCCCGCCGAAGAAGGCGGAUUCAGCUGCGAAAAGAGCACGACAAGCUGAGAAGAGGCGUAUUUUCAAUAAGGCUAAGAAAUCUGAGGUCAGAACUCGUAUGAGGAAGGUUUUGGAAGCAUUAGAUGGACUGAGGAAGAAACGUGAUGCACAGCAAGACGAAGUUCUUGAAGUUGAGAAACUAAUUGCAGAAGCGUAUUCAGCCAUUGACAAAGCAGUGAAGGCAGGGACAGUUCACAGGAACACAGGAGCACGGAGGAAAUCUCGCCUCGCAAGGAGAAAGAAAGCAGUCGAGAUUCACCACGGUUGGUAUGUUCCUGCCCCUGCUCCCGAUGCCACACCUAUCCCCCUGGUUACCGUCUAGUCUAGUGUAGAUUAUUUCGUGCGGGUGUGUAUAGCAGUGGCAUUGUGGGAGGGGAGAAACCUGAGUGAGUUCCUUCCCCUUUAACCAUGUGAGAAUGACACACUAUUCUUGUUUGUGAUUAUUUUGUCCCUCCUAUUUACAAGCUUCUCCUUCCCCAAAACUUUCAUCAGUAUGACAUACAUUUCUUGUAUUUGUUAAGUAAAUGGUUGUGUUAGAAAGAUCCUUUCUUGUUUUUUUAAGUAUUAUUGACUCUAUUACAAGGUAGUAUAUGUUCUAUA